UGUUCUAGUAGAUAACAUUCCUUUCUACACACAAAGUCUAUUAGUUUAUUCUUAAAACUCUGUUGAUUACUAUAACUUACAAUGUAGAUAAUCCUUAGCGAGGUUCAGAUGUGGACCUUGUAAUUAGUGAUUACAGUGACAACCACGUUAUUCUGCACCUUUAUCACUUCUAAUUACACCACCUGGAGAAUCGACCUGCGAGGACUGCAUGCUCUGUGAUUAAGCAAUCUUUUACUUUAGGUUGGCUCAACAGGCUCUGUCUUGGAUCCCUGACAGCUAUGAGAUUUUAUUUAUAUCCCAGCGGCUGCACACACUCAUGACAACACAAUCUGAUGAACAUUUACUGAAUAAAUACACCCACUCCCAUAAUAUAACGGAAGCCACCAUGCCCUGGGAGGGUCCCUUUUCUCAGCUCACCAUGGUCACCAUGGUGAUAUGAAGCCAGUGUGAAACGUCGACACACAGACUCACACACAGACAGUCAGUUAUUGACUGACACAGCCAGCCAGCCAGCUCGGCAGGCAGGCGUGUGUAAUGGACAGGUGUAAGCAUGUGGGACGGCUGCGGCUGGCCCCAGACCACUCCAUCCUCAACCCCCAGAAGUGGCACUGCGUGGACUGCAACACCAGCGAGUCGAUAUGGGCCUGCCUGGGUUGCGCUCAUGUGGCGUGCGGGCGCUACAUCGAGGAACACGCUCUGCAGCACUUCCAGCAGCAGCACCACCCGUUGGCUAUGGAGAUUAAUGAACUUUACGUUUUUUGUUAUUUGUGUGACGACUAUGUCCUGAAUGAUAACACCACCGGAGACCUGAAGCUGCUUCGUAGUACGCUCAGUGCCAUCCAGAGCCAGCGAUAUGAGGUCACCACACGUAGCGGGCGAACCCUCCGCUCUGCAAGCGCCGCCCAUGAUGCCCUCAUGCCAUCCGGUGCCCGCGAGCUGCAGCUGAGGGACGAGGACAGGAUGUUUACUGCGUUGUGGCACCGCCGCAGGGCGCUUAUGGGACGUGUUUUCCGCUUCUGGUUUGCUCUGACUGAAUGCGGAAAGAAGAGGGAGGAAGAGGAGAGAAAGAGGGAGGAGGAGGAGGAGCAGAAAAGGGAGGCGAGGGAGAGGAGGCGGGCCGCAAAGAGGCAGCUACAGGAGGAGCUGGAGAAUGCCCCUCUCAGGAAGAGUCGCCGGUUACGCGUAAAGAGGCAGAAAGUUGCAGAUGCUGCAGCCACAGCGCCGUCUCGGAGUGUACGCAACAAGACGAAAACCCCCGUGACCCCGUCUCUCACCCGCAGGACAAGGACUCAGAGCCCUGCCGCUCCAACCCCCAGGAAAAGCGAACGGAUUAAAAAGGUCCAACAAACCCCCAAACCCCCGAGCCGCUCUUCUACCACCAAAUCUAAACCCAAAACGCCCUCAGCGACCCCCCGUUCUGCCCAAACACCUGCUCGCCGCAAGCAGAGUACCAAACAGGGUGGCUCACCCUUUAAACGGCGCCCCACGGUUACUCCCGGGGUGACAGGCCUGAGGAAUUUAGGCAACACCUGUUAUAUGAACUCCAUCCUGCAAGUGCUGAGCCACCUUCACUUCUUCAGGGAGUGCUUUCUGCGCCUGGAUCUGACCCAGGCGCUGGAGCUACUGGCAUCUGCCGUCCACGGCCAGCUGACGGGAAAGGCCGUGUCCCAGUCCCCCCUAAGCCAAAGGAAGGGAUUCCAGGGCAGUUCUGUCUCUGGGGCGGGGCUGAGCGGCGGGGCCUCACGGGCCCGCAGCAUGGAGCUGAUACAACCCAAAGAGCCCAGCUCGAAGCACAUCUCUCUCUGCCACGAGCUGCACACCUUGUUCCAGGUCAUGUGGUCUGGCAAGUGGGCGCUAGUAUCGCCUUUUGCCAUGCUCCACUCGGUGUGGCAGCUGAUCCCGGCGUUCAGGGGCUACGCUCAGCAGGACGCUCAGGAGUUCCUGUGCGAGCUGCUAGACAAGGUGCAGCACGAGCUGGAGAGCACCGGCAAGCACACGACCACUGCAGGAGUCCCGCAGAAGAGACUCAUCAAGCAGGUGCUCAGUGUGGUCAACACCAUCUUUCAUGGCCAGCUCCUUAGCCAGGUGACGUGCCUGGCCUGCGACCAUCGCUCCAACACUGUGGAGCCUUUCUGGGAUCUGUCUCUGGAGUUCCCUGAGCGCUAUCACAGUAAUAGCAGGGAGUCGGCAGCUCAGGCUUCGUGCCAUCUGACGGAAAUGCUGGCCAAGUUUACAGAGACUGAAGCGCUGGAGGGAAACAUCUACGCCUGUGAGCAGUGUAACUCUGCUCGACGGCGAUCCUCCUCCAAACCAGUCCUCCUGACCGAAGCACAAAAACAGCUGAUGGUCCACAAACUGCCUCAGGUGCUGCGGCUUCACCUCAAACGCUUCAGGUGGUCGGGGCGGAACCACCGGGAGAAGAUCGGAGUCCACGUCAGCUUCGACCAGCUCCUCAACAUGGAGCCGUACUGCUGCAGGGAGCCCUCGCCCAAAGGCGUGUCCUGCUCCAGUCCCAGCAGCCCCAGCUCCACGGGCUCGCCACGGCCCAAGCACUUCCUUUACGACCUCUCCGCUGUGGUGAUGCAUCAUGGGAAGGGCUUCGGCUCCGGCCACUACACCUCAUACUGCUACAACACAGAAGGAGGCUUCUGGGUUCACUGUAAUGACUCUAAGCUGAACGUGUGUUCGGUGGAGGAGGUCUGUCGCGCUCAGGCUUACAUCCUCUUCUACACACAGCGAGUAACUCAGGACAAAGACCGGCCGCUAUAGGACCACAAUCCCCCUCUUCAUCCUCCUCCUCCUUCCUCCGCUGCAGCCUGACCACUCAGCGAGAAGAUAUCAGCACAGCCCCACCUAUCGCUCUUUCUCUCUUUCUUUGGGCAUUUUAUAUCCUGGGAGGACGGGUCUUUUUAAAGUCUAUUUUUCUAAAUAAGGAAAAAAAAAAGAGAGGAAGGACUCCUUUUUAAAACCUGGUUCUGCUUUGUGAACUUCUUGUAUAUGGUGUUUAUAUGUAGGUAUUUUUUUUUUAAAAAGAAAUGGUGAUUUGUUUGUGAUUUUGUGUACAGUUUGUAUUUUAUAAAGAAGAGUAUCAGCCAAGAUGUGUCUCAGUAGCAGCCAACAGACUCAAGUGUCCUCUACAGGUGUCUUCACGUACCUGCGUUUGGUGGCUUGUUGAUUGUAAAUGCUGUUCGUUUUUGUUCAAAAUCAACUGAAACGUCUCUCGGUCACUUUAGAUAGUCGUCACAGAACUGGAUGUUUGAUUACAAAAUGUCACUCACUCUCUAAAAAUGGCCUCCCUGUGUUGUGGACAGGUACAUUUUUGAUUGAUAUUAACAAAGACGGAUGCCAGAAAUGCACUAAUUUCUACAAAAAAAAGGCCGUCUUGCAUUGUUUUUAUCGUUAAAGAUCUGUACACAAGCAGGGCAGGAAGUUUGUUUUUCACUCUGAAGUUCUCCUGGGUCUGUCAGGAAACAUUGGCAGACCUCAAGCCAAAGCCUUUGGGGGAAGUGUAUGGAAAAACCUCUCAGCAUUUCCAAAACGGUUCAACAUUUGCUGUGUUUUUUUUGUUUUUUCUCUCCUCUUUCACUGCGAGGGGGGAAAAAAGUUUCCAAAGUUGUUUUUCUGGCUAAAUGCUGCCACCUCUCUUCUCCAGAAUGUAACUAAACCAUCUCUGAACCAUACUAGUGUACUAGAAAAAGUGCCCUUUUUUUUGAUGAGAAUAUAUUUUCAUAUCAAUUCAGCAAAG